GGGUGCGCGUAGGGGUGCGGGAGCUCUGAAUACCUCUCCUCCUUCGCGGUGCUCUCUGGGGUCCUCACACUCCCGCUGGCAGAUCCUGAACCGACCCGCGGGCGUCCGGGGCCUGAGAUGAGCUUAGAGUCCCUGUUCCAGCACAUCAUCUUCUCGGAGCAUCAGGCCGAGGAGAGUCGCCGCUUAAUCCGAGAAGUAAGGUCGGAAAUAAACAGAUGUCGUGAAGAAAUUAAGAAAGCAACUGAGUUGCUGAAUGAAGAGAAAAUCAAGUUGGAAUUGAAGGUUCAGCAGUUUUCUGAAAAAGCCUUCCUCUUACAGCUUUGGAAAAUUCAUGAAAAUGCCUUAGAAAGACAGUGUAGUGAAAUUACAAACCAGAGGAAUAUGCUUCUUCAAGCCUUUGAGGCUGCGAAGAAAAAAGUGACAGAGGAGGAAGAAAAAUUUAUUAAGGAAAUUACAGAUUUCAAUAAUGAGUAUGAAGUAACAAAGAAAAGAGAACUUUGGAUAAAAGAAAAUGUCAAGAUUGAAAUAUCUGACUUAGAAAACCAGACGAACAUUUUGAAGAGGGAAAUGAAGUCAAUGGAACAUGAUAGUGGCCAGUUAAGUGAACUUCAAAAACAAAAGAGUGAAUUAGAACAAGAAUUACUUACUGUGCAGAGAAAACUUAAAGAUUGUAAGCACUUUCUUAAUUGUUUAGUUUUUGAAGAUAAAAAGAAUGAAGCCAUUUGUACUACCAAAUACCUAGAGGCAGAAAAAGUAAAAAUCAAUGAAAAGCCUCAAAGUGAUGCAGAAUGCUUAAGACUUAAAAAAGAAUUACAACUUUAUAAGGAAGAUGACAUGCAAAGUGCUUGUGAAGCUCUCCAAACAGAAAUAGAAAUUUUAGAGUUGACAUUGGCACAGAAAGAUCUUCAGGAAAACAAAUAACUUGUGGAGAGUUGACCAAAGCUAUACAAGGUGUGUCUGUGGAGUUAAGUCUGAGGUGCCUGCAGCCUUGGCCAGCGUAUGUGCCUGCCAGUUUUCUUCCUGAUGCCAAUGUUGGUGGAAUGAAAUAUGUCAUCUUUUUGGGGAUGUACAUAAUCUCCUGAGGGCUCUCAGGAUUCAUUUUCGCUGAAGCAUGGCAACUACAACUCAUGUUUGAAUCAAACUUGGUAUUCCCACCAAAUUUGCAACAUUAUAUAGCUUUCUGUGAUUGACCAUCCUGUCUAGGAAGAAAGGUGUAUAUACGUCUUACUAGUUUCUUAAAAAGUGCAUUGAAACUGUUCAACAAGGCCUUAAACUAUGGGAGCUGGGACUAGGGAGGGGAGCAAAACCUGUUUGGGGAUAUAUUUCAAAGUACUGAGUGCAAAUGCUAGAAUCGUGUUUUCUUUUGUGGUUAUAGUUGAAUGAGUUUAACAUCAACUAUGAAAUGUUCUAAACGUCUUCUCUCUACUGAUGGUAAGGUGGUCUAGUUCCAGACCAACGCUUACUUUGGCAUAGCUUUCUUUGUAUGUUGUUUUACACUCUUAUUUUUAAAAAAUUAGUAAACUUAAAACUCUCCUUUGAGAUGUGUAGCAAUUGCCAUCUGUUUAAAUAAUUUGCAUUUUCAGAAGUAAUUUCUUAUUUUGAUUUCUUAAAUAUUUGAUAGUAAAUUACUUUUGCUUAAGAAGAAAAAAAUUAAUGGUACCAGGGAAUUACAUUCUAUUUUAUAUGCAAAUAUAGAGUAGGAAAUGGUUAUUGGGAUUAGUCAUGACUUCAGUUCUUAUUUUAUUCCAUUUAUCUAAAUUCUAAGUCUCAUGACUAUCUACUUAUUAAAUUUGUAUUAUUAUUAAUAUGCAGAUUGAGUUUACACAUAAAGCCUUUUUCACUUACCAGUAAUUUUUGUUCGAUAUUGGUUUUGUAGCUAAACAUUAAUGUGAAUUACAAGAUCUGCCACAUAUUUGCAUAACACAUAAUGACACAUAUGCAGAAUAAACUUUUAUUGAUACAACUAUCUUUUCAUAUGUGUAUCAUACAGGAUAUCAGGAUUAAAUAUUCAGUAAUGGAAUCAGGAUCCAAAUAAACUGAAUUUGAGAAAAAAA